AUGGAGGCCCACAGGGCGUCAAGGAGACGACAGCGUCUCUCUCCUUCAGGAGACACUUGCGAGGGAGAGGGCGAGUUCGUCGAAGGAACGCGGGAUAAGAAGAACAAACGCGCUUCCUCCCCAAACAGAGCUUACACAGGGACACACAGCGGCCAGCAAAAGGAGACAGGAGCCGGACGGCGACCUGUCGCUUCGGGAGAGAUAAAAGCAGAGGGUGCAUGCAAGCAAGAAGCGCUGGGAGACAGCGGCAAGGCCAGCAAGCAGAGAGACACCCGCGGAAAGGGAAGGUCUCCGGCCGAGCAAGAAGUCGGUGAGGAUGUGAUAUUUGCAGCCAGCGUUCUUCGCAGUUUCUCAGAGGUCUACGACGAAGCCUCAGCGAGGACGGGGAAGUUGAAACAUGGAGGCCAAGCCUCGCCUGCUGGGGAUGCCUCAAAGCGACAGCACCAGACUGAGGAAGAAGACGAGAAGGAAGGCCAGACGGAAGAAGAGAGGGAAGAAGAGAAAGCAGGCAAUGUGCACGCAGGUGUAGAUCUGCGGCGGCAAUCUAUAAUUUCGUGUGCUUUACAACGCCCCACGACACGCCGACUUUCAUGUCUUCUCGACCUGGCCCUGGGUUGGGCGUAUGGCAAUGGCCUCCUCAUGUGUUCUCACGCGUGUUCUUCUCCCGCCUCUGCGUCCUGGCCUUCGUCGUGUUCUCCUUUCCUCUCCACACCCUUCGUGCCGUCUUGUCCCUCUCCGCUUGUUUCUUCCUCGUCGGGCGAAGUGGGUUCCCUGGCACUUCCUUUUCUUCCGCGUGCCGCGCCCUUCACGCUGCUUCCUACGCCUUUUCCUCUCCACCUCUUCCAGCAAGUGUGCGGUUUGACCAAGCCGGUUAACCGACUGGUCGACCGCCUCACGUGCAGUCCGAGACUCCUGCUGUUUCUACUCGCCGAGACGGUUAAAGUGGACGACUUCACUCGCAACUUAUGCUGCAUUGCAUAUCGGGUGUACGUACAGCCGCAGGGGUGUUCGAGCCUGCAGCGCGUGCAGGCUGCAGACGAAGCGGAGAGAGCGAGGCCAGAAUCGAGGUGGAUGUGUCGAGAGCCUUCGUCGCCGGGCUAUAAAGAGAGCUGCCGAUGCCACAAAGGCGUGGAGGCCAGCGGCCGAGAAACCAAUGGAGAGGGAGAAGGCGAGAUGGGGGAAAUGAGGGAGCAGGGCCCUCCAAAGCGAGACAUCUGCAAAGACAUUCGCCUGCACAUCCUGCGCAGUGACUAUAUGGUUGACUGUCCUUUACAGUUCAAAGAAAAAACUUUCGAAGGAAACGGAGACGGCGCAGCAGAAGAAGGGAACCGAGCAGGAGAGGUAGAAAGGGACGCGGAAGGCGACAAAAGAACGGCGGGCGCGUGGAACGAGCGAGGAGCGUUGUCGAUAGACCGUUUGGCAACGCGCUUCGAGCAGGGAGAGGUUGGCGAGUCGAUGAAGCAGCUGUCGAUCAAGCAAGUGGAGGUUAACACGAUUGCGGCCUCAUUCGCUGGUCUCGCAGGGAAAGUCUCAUCUCUCCACCGGGUCUUGGUUCUCGCUGCUACGUCGCUCUUUCCUUCUUCGCCCGCUUCCUUUUCCUCUUCCUGUUUGUCUCCUCUCUGGAGCAUGGAUGGCACCCCUCCCUCGUCGACAGAUUCGACUGCGUGUCCAUCGCUGCCUGCGGCCUGGCGAGCCGCGGCCUCGCCGAGCCUGGCGGAUCCUCUCGUUGAGGUCGCGACGCGCCGGCGAGGCAUUGCCACGGAGCUUUGUCGGGAGAACCGCCCUCUAGAACAAAUGGCUGCGGGCCUCGCGGAGGCGCAUCACGCCUAUCUUCGCCGGGUGCGCGAGGGCGUGGAAGCGGUGCGAUCCACGAGUGGAGGAAGCGCGGCAGAGACCGCGCCCUCGUCCGCUUCAUCGGAAUCUUCCGCGCCUUCAGCUUCGGCGUCCGGUGCUGGCGCUUCGUUUUCCUCGCACCCCGUUUUCCUCUUAUGCGUGACGCUGGACGACGAGCAGAACAAGGUCGACCAGCGCCUGCUGCAGGCAGAGCUGGUGGAGAAGUUCGGCGUCUACAUGCUCCACGUGACCCUCUCCGACCUUUUGGGAUUCGGGCGAAACGGAGCGUUAGCGAUCCUGGCAAGCAAAGGGACAGCCGGCGAGCAGAGCGAAGGAGACACGCCGACGCGAGCGGGGCGGACCACGGACGGACCGCCAGUUGCGGAGACGACUGAGUUUGGAGAAAUGGUCUUUUUCGGAGACGGGACAGAUGCGCCACCAGGCCGAUUGUUUCUCAUGAAGACGACGGCGAAGCGGCUAGGCAGGGGCCGGAAGGGUCAGGACGCCGCCACGUCUCGACGGCCAAAGACGCGACGUUGUGGGAGUCGAGCAAGGCAAGGAGCACACGGAGGCGAUGCAGAGACACAGGAAGAAGAGACAGGCGAGGCACGCAGCGACGAAGACCAGUGCACCCCUGCAGCCAGGAUGAAGGUCGGAGAUCGGGUGGGCGAAACGCACGCGCAGUCGUGUCUGAAAGUUAAGGGAAAGGAGGCGAUAGGCGGUGGCGUUUGCAUGCCUUUCCGGCUUGUCCAGCGGCGAAUCUAUGCAGAGAUAUCUGUCGUUUACUAUCGCAGCAUGUACAGCCCUAGCCACUACGACGACGAGGUCUGGAGAUUGCGAGAGUUUCUUGAGACCUCGGACGCAGUGAAAGUUCCGACGGUGUUGGCUCAGCUCGCGGGGGCAAAAAAAAUCCAGCAGAGCUUCAGCGACAUGCGCGCGCCUCUCCACUUCGUUCCUUCUUCUCUUCUUCCCCGCAGCGCGGACUCGCACACGGGAGGACAAGUGCAGGCUGGAGCAGAGGACGGAUCCUGCGGGCGAGAAGGGAACGCGACAGACCGUAUAUGGCUUCUCCGCUAUCUGAUUCCAGAUGAUGCCACUAGGACGGAAAUUCAAAGGGUUUUCCAGCUCCAGGUUGACCCCUGCGAAGGCCUUCCGUCUCCCUGUGUUGGUCCCUCUUCUUCUUCUUCGUUUUCUUCAUCUUCGUCUUCUCCUUCUUCUCUGUCUUCUUCCUCUGCUCUGUCUUCUUCCUCUUCUCUCUCUUCUUCGCCUUCUUGUGCGCUCGAGCGUCGCCGGCGUUUGGCGCAAGAGGCUGUGGCGGAGGCGCUGAGCGAGGAUGGCCCGAAGCAGUUUCUGUUGAAGCCUCAGAGAGAAGGCGGCGGGAACAAUGUUCACGGCGACGAGAUGCAAAGGCUUCUACGACGGGGACUCCAAGACGAACUGCGGCAUUUUGUCUUGAUGCGAAAGAUGCAGCCUCCGUCGGUGCCCGUGCUCUUCGUGCGCUCUGACGUCGCGAGCACAGAGCGAGGACAGGAGAAGAAAGUAGACGAGAGAGGCAAUGACCACGAAGCGACGCGGCGGGCGGGAAACGUGGGGGCAGCCGAUUCAGCCAGCAACGACGCGCACGCGAGUGAAACAGGCGACGCGGAAGCGCCGAGAGGCACACGCCACGCUAGAAGUGAGACAGAAACAGAAUUCGAAGGCGGCCGAAUCAGAGGGGACGGGCGGUUGGCGUGUACCUUUCAGAGAGGCGUCCAGGAACUCGGAUUAUUUGGUGUUAUGCUUGCGACGGGUUCGCCAAGCGUAGGCUCGUCAGACGCGCAGGCGAGGAACACUCGGGAAGGUCGCGAGUCGAGCGCGUCUUGGCUCUUCUCGCAAACCCCUCGUUCAGCUGCGCCUCGUCCGUCUCUGCGAGAGGCCGUUCCCGAGGCGACUUCGGAGAUUGCGAGAGACGCUUCCUCGUCCGAGUAUGUUGAAUACAAAAAUUGUUUCGCCGGAUGGAUGCUCCGAACGAAGAGCACAACGAGCGAAGAAGGCGGCGUGGCUGCAGGUUUCGGAGCCCUGGAUUCUCCCCUUUUGCUUCCGGUGCCAAUCGUCGAGAACGCGCAAGGCAGUCGACGAAACGCAUGA